AUGACAGGAAUGCAAAAUAUCAUUGUUCUCGGUGGUGGUUAUGCUGGCGUAGGCACCGCUCGUGCUUUGGAAAAGCGCAUAGCCAACAAUAACAACUACCGCAUCAUUUUGAUCGAAAAGAGAGAGUUCUUUUAUCAUGCAGUGGCUGCUCCACGUACCCUUGUUGAAGACAUCGACAACAUGAUUCCAUACACGGGCGUCUUUAAGCACAAAAAGAACCAGGUGGUGCAAGCAUCUGUUGUGCAACUGGAGCCUAAUCAGAUUCAUCUUGAUCGAGAAUUCGAAGGCUCACACCAUGUCCCAUUUGCUUUUUCGGUUAUUGCGACAGGUACCAGCCACCCUGAUCCCUUCAAGUUGGCAACCAAUAGCCGUGAAGAGGGCACCAAACGCCUUGCUAAUGUCCGGCAGCAAGUCAAAGAUGCCCAAUCCAUUGUCAUUGUAGGGGGUGGUCCCACCGGCAUUGAAAUCUCGGGAGAGAUUCGAGGCGCUUACAAGGACAAAAAGAUCACGCUUGUGCAUCGGGGUAGCCACUUGCUAUCAAAGGAAAUCCCCGAGAAAGCGCGCAUGAAAUUGCUUGAAAAGAUGAGACAAAACAAUAUCCAUGUGAUCUUUAAUGAUACGAUACCAUCCUUGCCUGCUGAGCACAAUGAGUCGAUCCACGUUCCUGCUACUGCCCCUUUCAUCCAUACCGAACAAGGCAAGAAGAUUGAUUGUGAUUUGCUAUUGGUGGCCUUUGGUAAUCGUCCCAAUACUGCAUGGAUCGAUCCUAGCUUGUUGGCCAAGAAUGGCUUCGUCAAGGUCAAGCCUACACUUCAAGUCGAUGUCCAAGGAUAUGAAACCGUUUAUGUGGUGGGUGACGCUGCCGAUUUGCAAGAAACAAAAUUGGCUGCCAAAUCCCGUGGCCAUAUCAGCGUAGUCACCAACAACAUUGCUGCUGCUAUCAAGGGCAACACCAAGCCAAGUAAAGUUUACAAUGGCUCACCCAACAUCUCUGCCAUCACCUUUGGCAAGCAACAAGGCAUGAUUAUUACUCCAUGGUUUUGUUUGGGUGACUGGGUGACUGGAAACUUGAAAGGAAAGACAAUGAUGGUGGAGCGAUUUUGGGGAGAACUUGGUCUUCAGUAUCCAAAACAAAGAAGCUCUGAAAACAAGUCUUCGUGGAUGCUUUGGAUGACCGGUGGCUUUAUUACAUUAUCUGCUUACUACUUGCUUAAAUCAACGUAUCCCUCGCUUCUACCUUCUAUCCAACAAUCCCUUAUUAACCUUAGCCAACAACGUCGUAUUUCCCUUUAA